AUGGUAUUGAAUCCCUCUCAUGGACAGGAAUCAGCCCGAAUGAAGACACGCAUUACCUUUGUUACCCACUCGACAUAUUUACCGCAAAUCCAAAAUACUUCUAGACUCAGAAGAAGCACACUCCGGCCAGAAAUUACUAGCUGCGCAAGCCGUUACAUCUGGUGCAGAGAUCCAAGCGAUGCAGCAAUUGUGAAAGGUUCAGACGAGAAAAAUCAAUGCAAAGAAUUACGCAGAGCAAAUCCAAGCAACUUUUGA